AUUGUACGCUGUCAACAUCAUAGUCAUUCUUUUUUACGAUUUUAUCGGUGAAAUCGCUUUGGCAUUGAUGAGACCAAGAUUCUCGAAAGUGCUUGUUAAUUUUUCGUUCUUUUAUUUAUUUUCCGUUUCUUAACAUGAUUGAAGGUCGCGCCAAUGAAUUACCCGACUUUCAAGUCUUUCAAACAGUAGUAAAAUACUGUUUGGUCAUUAUAAUCGUACCGGUUAUUUCAUUCUUCACUGCUAAGAUAGUACUUUUCGAUAGCCUUUUGCGAUUGGAUAUAACUACGAGCAGCGUAUACUCCGCCGUUGUGGCCGUCCUUGUACUGCAUGUGACUCUGGGUCUCUACAUUUACAAAGCUUAUGGUACAGCGGAUAUCGCACCGCCUGCGAAACCAGUGAAGAAGGAUUAAACACUUACCUUAUUUAUUCUACUUGCAUAUCAAAAACUCAAAAUGGACAGUCUGUACAUGAAAGGGGAAUUACUACAAGUUACAACUAAGAACUGUGAAGUGUAUGAAGGUCAUUUCUACAGUAUUACCAGUGAUAAGUCUAAAAUUUCUCUUUAUAAUGUUAAAGAGCUACCACAAGGAAAUGAAAGUGAAGGUAUUACACAUUACUAUAAUUCUGAAGUGACUAACAU